CAGAGGAAAAUGACUUAUUUUAAAAUGCAGUAAAAACACCGCAUUCCUUUGGCACAGGAUGAAGACCAGCUCAGCUCUUCAGCCCUAGAUCAUUGUCUAUUGUUCUCCAAACAGUAAACCAGUAUUUCUCAGCAGAGUUUGUGGGCUGCAGUUCUGUCCGAGCCCUGGGCUUCUCAUGAAUAUGAAGUGAAGGGCUCUGACCCAGAACGUGGUUCUGAGCAGGGUGAAAUGGGGUCUCGGAAAUGUGGAGGCUGCCUAAGUGGUCUGCUGAUUCCGCUUGCACUUUGGAGCAUAAUUGUGAACAUAUUAUUGUAUUUCCCAAAUGGGCAAACUUCCUAUGCAUCCAGCAAUAAACUCACCAACUACGUGUGGUAUUUUGAAGGAAUCUGUUUCUCAGGUAUCAUGAUGCUUAUAGUAGCAACAGUUCUUCUUGCAUUGGAGAAUGAUAACAACUAUAAAUGUUGCCAGAGUGAAAACUGCAGCAAAAAAUACAUGACACUGCUGUCGAUGAUCUUUUCUGCCCUUGGAAUUGCUUUCUCUGGAUACUGCCUGGUCAUAUCUGCUCUAGGCCUCGUUCAGGGUCCAUACUGCCGCACUCUUGAUGGCUGGGAGUACGUCUUCGAAGGCACUGCAGGACGUUUCCUUACAGAUUCCAGCAUAUGGACUGAGUGCCUGGAACCCGCACAUGUAGUGGAGUGGAACAUCAUUUUAUUUUCCAUUCUCAUAGCUCUCAGUGGACUUCAGGUGCUUGUUUGCCUCAUCAGAGUAGUCACUCAGUUAUCCAGGAUACUGUGUGGAACCUAUUCAGUCAUCAUCCAGCCUGGAAUCAUUUGAAUGUCAACAAGAAUAUUUUCCAUUAUCAAGAUAUGCCAUCUAUCUGUCUCAUCUCUACUAUAUAGACCUUAAGGCAAUAUUCAAAUGAUGGUGAUUUCUCCGUUUGUUGUUUUUCGAGCCUCUUAUAAAAUUUAUAGUCCUCACUGGAAGUGCCAGCUAUGUCACCCUUCUAUCUGGAAUUUUCUAAGCAAUAUGUGUUAGGAUCUUCAGAAAUAUCCAUAUUCUUUGGUCAAACAAAUCCAUUCCCAAUAAUCUAUAUUAUGGAAAUAAGUAAGAAUAAAAGAUAAAACUUCAUGCAAAUACAAAUAAUACAAUAUUAUUUAAUAUUCUAGAAAAUUAGAAAUACUUGAAAGUCUAACUUUCAGGGAAAGACUAAGUCAAGAGUAAUACAUUAGUUGUAAUAUUAUAUAGUCACUACAAAUUAUGUUACAUAGUCAUUACAAAUUAUAUUUUAAAGAUUAUAAAUACUGUUAAUUAAAAAAGCAGAUUACAAACUUAUGUUCACAUUAUAAACAAACCAUCUAAGACAAACACCAAAUAAUCAAAAUAUAGGAAGAAAACUCAACUAGAAGGAUUUACAGAAAAAUGUCAACUGUCAUUUGUCUGGAUGAUAGGCGACCCUUCUUACUUUUCUCUAUUUCCCAAGUUUUCAUUAUCAUUUUUAUAAUUAAAACAUAUUUUAAAACUCAUCAUUUUUACUAUUAAAAAUGCUUGCUUUCAUCCAAUCUUUAAAUAUAUGCUUUUCCACCUUGAGUAUCUAUAAACAUCAUAAAAUAACGCUUCAGUGUUCAAUAAUGAAAGUACUGAGAUAGGAAGACAAAAUAAAUUAUAUAAAUUAUAUUAUCUAA